AGUUGAGCCCAAAUGUGUUGCUUUAAAAUCUCUUGAACAUUCAUCGCCCGAACGAACCAUUUUAUUAUCUCUCUCUUCAUAUUUCAACAAAAGUCUUUCACAGCUUUGCAUGCUUCAGACACCCAACUCAAAAACAUAGACUGCUGCCCCCUCUGCUCUUCACAUCUCUAUUGUGUAGACUUAUGGCUCCUCUGAGAGGUGGAAACAAAAAGAAAAUGAAGAUUGAAAAGGUUGAAAAGAUUGAAAAGAAUGAUGUUGUGCACAAGGCUUUGUCUUCUGGGUCUUCUGAAGAUGGGUUUGCUGAUUGGUGGGCUGUUUUCUCCAGGAGGAUUGCUGGAUCUUUCUCUCCACCCACAGACAUGGAUAUGUUCGAAGGUUUUCUCAAGAUGUCCAGAAAAACUUUUAACUACGUAUGCUCUCUUGUGUCGGAGCCCAUGUCCAAGUCAAGAAAGUACUCAUUUUCGGAUGGAACUGUAAUAUCCUUACUUGACAGAGUAGCUAUAGCUUUAAGAAGGCUAAAAUCUGGUGAUUCACUGGUAUCACUUGGUGAAACAUUUGGGACACACCGUUCUAUCGUCUCUCAGAUUACAUGGUCUUUCGUGGAGGCCGUGGAAGAAAAUGGCCUUCAUCACCUCAAGUGGCCUGACACUGAAGAGGAAAUGUUAAAUAUAAAGGCGAAGUUUGAAAGCAUACAAGGCCUUCCUAAUUGUUGUGGUGCUGUUGACAUUACCCACAUUAAAAUGAUGUCAAGCUCGUCCCCCUUUGAUACAGAAGUAUGGAUUGACAAUAUGAAUAAUCAAAGCAUGGUGAUGCAGGCAAUUGUUGACUCGGACAUGAGGUUUCGAGAUGUGGUCAGUGGAUGGCCAGGAAAAAUGACAGAGCCCUAUGUGCUUAGCACCUCAAAAUUCUUUGAACUCUGUGAGAAAGGAAAUAGGUUAAAUGGAAACAAGAUAAAGCUCUCGGAUGAUACAGAGUUAAGGGAAUACAUAGUUGGAGAUUCAGGCUAUCCCUCUCUCCCAUGGCUUGUCACGCCAUAUCAAGGAAAGGAAAUCUCUGAACCUGCAGCUGAAUUCAAUAAGAGACACUAUGAAACUUGGAAGGUUGUUCAUCGUGCGUUGACUAGGCUUAAGGAGGAAUGGAAGGUGCUUCAAGUAGUAAUGUGGAGACCUGACAAGCACAAACUACCAAGAAUCAUUCUUGCCUGCUGCAUCUUGUAUAAUAUAUUUCUUGACGUAGAAGAUAAGGUACAUUACAAGGUACCUACAUCCCAAGAGCAUGAUCCAGGUUACCUGCAACAGGUAUUUAAACAUCCCAAGAAAACUUCUGCAGGUUUGAGAGAGAAAUUAUCUCUCUACAUAUCCGGUAAACUGCAUCAGCAAGUCGCAACUAAUUCUGAUCAUCAAGCCGGAUAAGGGAAACUGUUUUCUGGCCUAAAUCAGGCAAUGCGCAUAAUGACUGACCAGAAACAAGACACAGUAGGUAAUGGAUCCGUGUCCUGCUUGAGUUCUUAAUAUGAUGGACGGAGAAAAUAGCAAAUAUAGCUAUAUGCCUAUAUCACAUAAGACUAAGACCUUGCUCUAAAAAGUUCUGAAACUAGUUUGCCAUAAAGAUUUGAUCCAUCCUUGCUCUAUAUUUCUUUGUUUUUUUUUUUUUAUCUUUUCUCAUUUCAUAGUGUCUAGUGAUGUAUUUUUAAUUAACAUUUUCUCUCAUUGGUGUUCUUGAAUUCAGAAGUCAGAACUUCAUAAAUAUUAGCACACAAGUUAUAGUUGCAGCCCUCAGGAACGUUGUUUCA